AUGCCUACCAAAGUACAAGAGUCGUUUGUCAUCCCCGGCGGCGCCAUAUACUCCGAUCUCCCCGACGGCCCUGAGAUAGGUACUCUCGUCCUGGUGGUGGAUCGCGCAAAGAACCUGCCCAACCUCAAGACCAUUGGCAAGCAGGAUCCCUACUGUUCUGCACGUCUGGGAAAGGAAGCAAAGAAGACCACUACCGACAUCCGAGGCGGCCAGACCCCCAGAUGGGACCAGGAGCUUCGAUUCAUCGUCCACGAUUCCCCCGAUUACUACCAGCUCAAGGUAUCCGUGUUCAACGACGACAAGAAAAGCGAGUUGAUUGGCGAGGCAUGGAUCGAUCUCGGAGGCGUCAUCGUUCAAGGCGGCGGUCAGAGCGACGACUGGCACCAGCUACAGUCUAGAGGCAAGUAUGCUGGCGAGGUCCGCAUAGAACUCACCUACUACGAUAACCGACCGAAACCCGAGAAAGCCCCCGUCAAGCAACGGCAACAACAUUCCGUCGACCAACACAUUCCCUCAGCCGUAAUACCGGGUCCGGGGCCGAGAGGCGUACCCAAGCGCCGUCCCCUACCAGCACCAUCUGUACAAGGCGGAGAUGGGCCCUAUAUUCCAAAUCAGUCACCCCUUCAGCAACUCGAGUACAACAACCCUCAUGCCGCGCGCUACCAACAACAGCCACAGCAACAAUACCGCACCCCUCCACAAUACGCACAGCCUAGUCAAUAUGACCCCCCUUCGUUAGACGAUGGCCCAAGAGGCUUUGAAGGCGACCGCCCUCCACCUCCCCCGGCUCACCGAAGUCGGAACGGCAGCAAUGCCCCAGCAACAAACGGCUACCAAAACGGCUAUGAUCCGUCUGGAAACGGAAUGCCACCUAGCAUGCGGCAAGAUGUCCUCAGAAACGAGGCUCAUCGCCAAACAAACUCGAUAGCUUAUCCGGGACGUCCGCAGUACAGGGGUUAUGACUCGGCUCCUGCGGCUCCUACCGGCCAACACUACUCGAACGGAGACCAGCCGGCUCCUCCACGGCAUUCCUCCACAUUUGACGUUAACCACGAUCCCUACGAUCUUCCUGAUGUUCUGGUGCCCGGAUCGGCUAAUAGCUCGCUGCGAGGCCGGAACCGUGGACCUGAGCCGGGAUACGGACAACCGAAUGGGGAUCAAUACCGACGACCUGACCCUGGCGGUUAUGGGGCGGCGUAUGGUAGACACUCUGAGAGUUCCCUAUCACAUUACCCCGCACAAAGUGACCAGAGAAGUCAGUCGUACCAGGGUGGCUUUGAAGGCCACACUGAUAGCUAUCAACCACCUCCAGUGCCUGUCUCUUUGGUCCCCGGCAUCGAUCCUAGUAUCGCCCAGGAGAUCACGGAGCGUGUGUACCAAGACCAGAGCCCAAGACGAUACACUCAGCCCUUAGACACGCAGGUUGGAAACAACUACCAGCAAUACUCUCGCGAACGUUCCCCGGUUCCUCCAUAUCAACCACCUGUUCCGCAACAUCCUCAGAGCAGAAGCCCUGGUGGCUACCAGGAUGUGCCACAACCAACUACCCCCAACUACAACAUUUCCAUGAAACAACGUGCUCACUCGCCCAAUCCACCAGUGCGCCGAGACCCAAGCCCAUUGCCUAGCCGCAGUCCGGAUCCACGCCAGCACACCAUCAAGCGCAAAUCCGUCAGCCCUGCCCCGCCCCCGGCUGAAGAGCGCCGUCUUUCCGGUAUCCCUUUUGGUCCUGACUCCUACGACGCCCUCAAUCCCACCGUUUCUUCGGAUAACAUCGGCCGUGCCGACUACAACAAGGCUUCUGGCAAGAUCAUCACUCACGAUGGCAAGGAAGUCGAUCCAUCCGACCAUCUUCCUAUGGAAUCCUGGGCUCCCGAACCUGAACCGAAGAAGGGCGCUACGCCGCCGAGCUCCUCCCAUGGGUCACGGCCCUCCAUGUCCGGCGCUCACCCAAUUCCCGGACAUCAAGGGACUGUUCGCUCUCGUCCGGGAACUAGUGCGGGCGGUGAGAGGCCGCGAUCCAUGCAUGGUACUCCCCAACGUCUUUCACCGCCUGUGUCUCCCUCAGUAGCUGGCACUGUAAGCAGUAGGAAUAGGUUGCAGAAGCGUACCCAUAGGAAUACCAUCACCGCCGCUGGAUCGAUGGGAAUGGGUCAACCCGGGUUUAACAGAAGCAGCGAUAACGUCAGCUACUCCUCUUCUUCUCAACAGGAUAACUUCACUCCCAGAGCCCUUUCUCGAGCAUCGACCUUGAACUACUAUGGCGCAGAAAAUGGCAACAUCUCCCCAGGGGGAGGGCCCGUAUACGGCGGCCACAGCCCCAGUGCUGCUCCCCGCGGCGUUCCGCCGGUGCCGGCAAAGUUGCAUAGUAGUAGUCUCACGAGAAGGGGGACGGCGGCGAUGGGAGUGGAUGAGUGGGGAGGGAUGAACGGUGGAGCAGUAGGAGGUGGUGGGUAUGGAGGAGGGUCAGGUGGUGGAAGCUUGGAGGAGGAGUUGAGCAAGAUUGAUAUCGGCACGGGAAGGUCGAGGAGGUUUACGGUCAAGGGACCGUCAGGGGGGCGGUUUAGGGGGUUCAAUUAG